GUCAUAAAACGAAUUAAAGUGUACAAAAUUUAAUCAUGAUAAAAGCUUGAAGGUGAAUAUUUUGAAUAAUCUGGAGGAAAACGUGUAUAAUUGGAGUUGUGUCACUUCCCUGGUGACCUGUCAUCGGCCACGCAAGCCUGCUGGAGUCUACCUCGGAUAGUCAGACCAGAUAGUUCACGACAUGGAUAAGGGGAAAGAGAAAGGUAUAUUGAAGCUGGAACCUCGGUCCCGGUUGUCCAUAGACACCAAGGCCGAGCUGACACCGCAGGCGCAGGGCCCAUACGAGGUCGGGCCUGCGUCCCCGCAGCCGUCGGUGGACCGCCUGUCGGUCACCUGGGCGGACCCUGGGAGCAUGGCCUCGUCGGGGCUCAACGAAGUCAAGUUCUCGCCUUCCGCCGGCGAGUUUUCGGACGACGAAGACUACUCGGCGAGUCUGAGCGCCGUGCUGCGUCAGCGGCGCGCCAGCGUGAGAAGAUCACGCAAGGGCCGGUCGCGCAGACCAUCGUCACCAUUCUUGGCUGAAGAAGUGCGCCGAAGGUCCUCUGUCUUCACCACCAGCUCCGGAGAGCUAGCCAGUAUGAGAAGGAUUCGUGAAGGUAGAAGGUCUUCCUCGCCCUUGCCCGAACAGCAGCGGAGGGAUUCGGCCAUCACGUUUUCUGGGGCUACCGCGAUAUCGAUGGAGGAGAUACAAUCAGCUGUGGUGACACAGGAGCAGAUUUUCGAGAACAUUCACAUACACAAGGAGGUCCUGAGCUACGUCAAGCAAGAACCAUUCGAGAUGAGGAAAAAACUGAAGAUAGUACACCAGGCUAAAGGUUACAUAAAGCGUCACGAAGGUCAGCUGCAGCAGCGACUUGCGCAGUCCAAGAGCACAAAGGACAUCUAUGCUAGAUUCAGCAUUCUGCUGAAUUCGAAAUGGCAGCAGCUGAAGCGGGAAGCGGCCAAUACUUCCAACCUUCUGAUCCCCUGGGAGCUCAGGAUCAAGGAGAUUGAGUCGCACUUUGGCUCCGUAGUCGCUUCCUACUUCACUUUCUUGCGUUGGCUAUUCUGGGUUAACCUAGUCAUAGGAUUCAUUUUAUUGGUCUUUGUUAUCGUCCCUGAGUAUUUAACAGCAGAUCCCAAGCAAGAUGGACAAAGGAAGGUCGUACAAGACACAGAAAAUGCUACCAAUUUGCUGACGCUGUGGGAAUUUGAAGGGAUUCUGAAAUAUUCUCCAAUUUUCUAUGGUUAUUACAGCAACAUUGAGCGACCCCAAUAUGCAAUGCCACUUGCAUACUUCCUGACUGGACUGGCGGUCUACAUUUACAGUUUUGUUGCUAUUUUAAGAAAAAUGGCAGAAAAUUCUCGAAUGUCCAAACUAUCGGAGAAAGAGGACGAAUGUAUAUUCUCCUGGAAGCUAUUCACCGGCUGGGACUUCAUGAUCGGUAACGCUGAGACAGCUCACAACAGGAUCGCCUCAGUCAUCCUUGGGUUUAAGGAGGCUUUGCUCGAGGAGGCUGAGAAGAAAAAGAACUUGAGGAAUUGGCGUAUUAUAUCUCUUCGUGGUGUGGUGAACAUAUGUGUAAUCGUACUCCUCGCUGUGUCUGCUUAUGCCGUAGUCACCGUCGUUUCUCGUUCAGAUGACAGCCCCAAAGCCAGGAGUUGGUGGCGCGAGAACGAGACGACAAUAGUCGUCACUCUUAUCUCCAUUACCUUUCCUGUUCUAUUUGAGCUACUUGGUCUUUUCGAACAUUAUCAUCCAAGGAAACAGCUGAGACUACAACUUGCAAGGAUAAUGUUGCUAAAUUUGCUCAAUUUAUAUUCUCUGAUAUUUGCUCUUUUCACGAAGAUUGGUGGAAUGAGUAUAGAUUUGAAUGCUUUGAAACCAAUUAACGAUAGUAUAGAACUGAACAUAAGUUCCAGCAUAAUCGACCCUAUGUUACAUUUACCGACAUCGUGCUAUGAAGAAAUGGUAGCAUGUGAAAUUUGUAAGGACAUGUUUUCUGUUCAAAUGACAUCACCUGUAACUGAAAAUAUACCUGAUACUGGCACUGUAGUAACUGUACACCCUUACAACAAUACAUCUGAAAAUCUGAAAAUAAUAAGAAAGCAAGAACUCAAUAAAAAUUACACGUUAUUUGUUGAUCACCAACCUGAGGCAGAAAAUUUGAUCCAAACCACUAGAAGAUCACUUAUGCAAGAACAAUUGGAAAGACUAAGAAACAUUGCCAGUAUAACAAACACUACUCAGGAAUCCGAUGAUCCCACCUUAGAAGUAUACGAUGAAUACUUUGAACUUCAAAAUAUAAAUAACACGUUAUCGAAUAAUGAAAGUGAAUCAAAUAGUUUUAGAGAUUAUGUUUAUAACCCUGAUUUUACAGAUAACAUUUUGAAUAAUGAAGACAAUAAUAUAAAUACAAUCAAAGAAACUACUACUAACAUCAACGACUAUACAAGUAAUACAGAAAGUUUUACUGAUCAAACAAUAGAUCAAAAUUCCACAAGUAGUGAAAUAAAGCAUGAUUGGACAGCAAGUAGUGAUACGAUAAGUGAUUUGUUCUAUAACAAUACUACAAAUUACGAUUGGUUAAAUAAUAGUGAAACGAUGGAAGAGCCGACCACAACAGACCGUUAUACUGAAUCUUCAAGUUAUAAAUCACUUACAAACCUGCACAAAACUACAUUUAAUGAUUAUACAUCUAAAGAUAUAGAUAUGCAUGAAUUUACACUUACUGAAAUCUCGCCAACACCAGAUUUAUCAAAAACAUAUUUAGAAAAAGAAACGCCCAUGUUAGACUACGAUUCAAGCACAAAUACUGACUCAACUACCUUGAGCGAAAUGUCAAAUUGUCCAAAAUAUUUAAAUUGUUCUUUAAAUUGCAAUGAUCAAAACAUAACGCAAGUUUUUGUUAUAGAAAAUUGCAAAAUAGUAACAAAAAUAUGUUACAGAACAACAUGCAAGUAUAAAGAUCAAGUUAAUGAGAAUAAAACGCAUGAAAUCAAGGACAUAGUAUAUCUUGACAGCCAUAAUCGAAAAAUGUACAAUUUGACCGACGAAACUAAAAAAAAAUUGGAAAAAUUAUGUUGGGAGACUUUGUUUGGCCAAGAGCUAGUAAAACUGACGAUGAUGGAUUUGGUGUUUGUGCUGCUGGGUACAUUAUUUAUGGAUUUCUUCCGAGCUCUUUUUGUCAGAUACAUGAACCGCUGUUGGUGUUGGGAUUUAGAGAAAAAAUUCCCUGAAUAUGGGGACUUUAAGAUUGCAGAAAAUAUUUUACAUCUUAUAAACAACCAAGGAAUGGUUUGGAUGGGAAUGUUCUUUUCUCCUGGUCUCGUUGUCCUGAAUGUGGUGAAGUUGAUGGUUAUGAUGUAUUUGCGGUCGUGGGCUGUGAUGACUUGUAAUGUUCCUCAUGAAGUUGUUUUCAGAGUAUCCAAAAGUAAUAACUUUUAUUUAGCGCUUCUGCUUACCAUGUUAUUUUUAUGUGUUCUACCCGUCGGCUACGCCAUUGUCUGGAUCAAGCCGUCGUGGCAUUGCGGGCCCUUCUCGGAGCAUCAGAAAAUUUAUUAUAUACUUACAAAUAAUAUCUACAAAAUUCUACCAAAGAGCUUGAAUUUUCCCAUGGAAUAUAUCACAUCGCCGGCUAUAGUGAUACCUUUAUUAGUUCUACUCAUACUAAUAAUUUAUUACUUGAUAUCUCUGACCAAUUCUUUGAGAGAAGCCAACAAUGAUUUGAAGGCACAACUACGGCGUGAAAGAACUGAAGAAAGAAGGAAAAUGUUCAAACUUGCCGACACAAGAGUGCGAGCUGGGUCUGGAGCAGUAGAUAAUACACCAUUUUCUCGGUGGAAAAAAGCUCUACCGUCACUUCCUCUUAGGUCUAUUGAUUCCGAUGAAAACAAAACAAUUACUGGUGAUGGUACAAUGGAGCCACAAAAAGUCAUCAAAAAGAAAGGAGGUAUAUUUGCAAAAAUAGUUGGAAUGGCGGUUGACAAAAAAACUGACAUUGAUAUAAUGCCUGUAAAUGAUAAUAAUAUUUUGUCACCUGUAUCAAAAAAUGAUAAUGAUGAUUCUGAUACCGAUUUCCACGAAUCUUUACCAAAAGAAGUACUGACAAUAAAAGACAUCGUUUUCAAAAGUACACCAAUCAAGAAAAAGAAUAGUGUAGAAUUUAAGACCGACGACAUUGAAAAAAGUAAAGUUAAAACUGAAGAUAAAGGACUCAAAGUGAAAUUGGAAACUAUUGAUGAUCGAACAGAAAAGAAGGCAAUACUAGAGAAACAAAAAGUAGAUCAACCAGUACAUGACAAACAUUUAAAAUCAAAACCAGCUACAUCAUCUUCUGAAGUAUUUUUUAUUGAACAUGGAUCAAAAGUUGAUAAGAAACUUGGGAGAAAACAAACAUCAGAAUCAAGUAAUCAAUCCAGACAAUCAGAUUCUAUUGGAUCAGUAAUACCUGUAAUUACUAUAAGUGCAACAGAAAGCGAUGAAGAGUUAUUACAGUCUAAAAACGAUUCCAAAGACAAAACAUAUCAAAAAAAGGAUACUGAUGAAGAUACGAUUUCUGAUUGCUUAGAAAAGAUUAAUAAAAACAGUUCUGAUAUAAAAUCUUUACGGAGACAAAGUAGCGUUGAAAGUAUAAACGAGCAAAAACUUCCAAAGGAAAUGAAACCUGAAGAUGGACAUAAAUACCAGUACUCAUUGUAAUUCAUAUAUAUUGUAUAUUUAUUUAGGCGUAAAUGUCAAUAAAGAU